AUGGAUACAACAGAAGUCGGAAUUGCAUCAACAACAAUCGAUACGACAACGACUAAACGUCGCGAUCCCAUUCCUCCACUGAAUGUUUAUGUGCGUAUCCGUCCAUUUAUCAGCGAUGAACUUGAACGUGGGGAAAAUCAGAAACUCUUGGAUAUUAUUAACGAUGCACAUAUCGCUGUCAAAGUGUAUCCAACAAUUAACAAUACUAUUCGAAAUAUCCAAGCAUCGUAUAAUGAGUAUGAGGUUUCUCGUAUAUUCGAUGAAAGCUGUACGCAGCAACAAUUGUUUGAGCAAAUUUUGGAGCAACCAACCAAUGAAGUGUUCACAGGUUCAAAUUGGCUCUUGUGCACUUUGGGUUUGACGAAUAGCGGUAAAACUCAUACAAUGUUCGGCACACCAGAAAAGCCUGGUUUAAUUCCUCAAUGCUUGCAAAGAAUAUUCGUAAAUGUUGGUCAAAAUAUUGAUGACAAAGUGUUCUUCAAACCUGAUGGUCUUGAAAACUUGAUACCUACGAGUGAUUCCACACUCGACAUCGAAAUUAAUGCAAGAAAUUAUAUUUUCAAAGAUGAUAAGAACGAUACACGUCGAAUCCGAUUACCGAAAAUCACUCAACAGCAAAGUAGCUUUCAAGAUUUAUCUGUCGAAGAUGAGCAUUAUUCUGUCUGGAUAUCGUUUUUUGAACUAUAUAAUGAAAAUAUUCUUGAUUUACUCGUUCAACCGAAAGAUAUGAAAACACGGAAAAAUCUCCGUCUGAUGCAGAAUGAUGAAUCAACCAUGAUCAAAAACCUCAUUCAAAUACCAGUAUUUGACAUAAAAGAAGCAGAAGACAUCAUCAAGUUCGGCUAUGCGAAUCGUGCAACAUCCAAAACCAACUUAAACGAAGCAUCAUCACGAUCACAUGCUGUGCUAUGUAUUACAUUGAUCACAAUCAAUGAGUUCAACGAAGAACCAACUUUGAGUCACAUGUAUAUUUGUGAUUUGGCUGGUAACGAACCAUCGACUGGUACUGGAAAACAGUUGGCUGAAACAUGUAACAUCAACACAUCGCUGAUGACAUUCAAAGAUUGUAUUCGCACAUUGAACGAAAAUCAAACAGCCAAAAAGCAGAUGCUUGUUCCAUAUCGGAAUAGUGUUUUGACGAGUAUCUUUCGUCCGUUUUUUGUCGGCCGUGGACGAACGAUCAUUUGCUGCAACGUUAAUCCAUGUGCAACAUUUGUUAAUCAAACCAAUGAUCUAUUAAAGUUUUGCGCCUUGGCACAGAAAACAAUUAUUGUACCAAGCGAACCAAAAGUUGGUGCAAGUGGUGUCGUAAGGCAUCCGAGAAAGUCGAAACACAAAGGACCGAAACGACUAGUCAAAGAUGGACCUUUGAAAGUUAAAAACAAGAAGGGAAUUAUCAACGAAGACGAAGAGAUUGAUGAAACUGCAUUGCAACCGAUUGAUGGAACAUCAUUUUCUAUUCCCAGCAGUGUUAAAUCAAUAAAUUAUUGGAAAUAUUGCACAAAGAAGGCAUUAGAUUUAUUACAAAAACAAGCAUCAAAUCGACGAAAUUUCAUGCUUGAAUCUCAUCAAGAUCGAAUUAAAACUGUUCAAUAUCUUUUUUUUCAACGUCAACAAACCGAUCAAUUGAACAAAGAAAAGCAAAUGUUAUCUGAAGAAUGCGAAAAUCUGUCGACAAAUCUUCGUGUUGAGCAGGAUAAUCAUCUUCGUACUCAACAAUUGUACAACGAUUUAGUUCUCACUGAAAAGCAAUAUCGUCAAAAAGCUUCGAAAUUAGAACGCGAACUGAAAGAAAAGUCGCUUCAAUCACAAAAUGAAGUCGAUCAAUUGCACUCACAAAUCAAAACCCUGCAAAAACAAUUCGAUCAGCUAACGAACGAACAUUCGAAAGUCAUGGAACAGAUCAACCAAAGGAAAGAUCAAACCAGUGACAACGAACAACAUUUGCAAGAAGAAAUUCAACGUCUAAGACGUGAUCUUGGUCUAGAAUUAUAUCGUAAGCAAGAUGCUGAAAAGAAAGCGCGAUCAUUCGAAGACAAAUUUCGUACGGAACAAACCGAACUGAAAAAAGUCCAAUAUGAUUUGACAAGAACCAAACACGACUUGAAAACUUUACAAGUCAAAUACGAUGGUUUGCAACUGGAACUAAUCGAUAUGCAUAAAAACUCGAAGAGUAACUCACAAAUUACUUUGAAUUCUCUUCAAUCAAAGAUAUCGACGAUUAGCGUCACACAAGAACAACGAAUUGUACGAACAAAACGGCGAACGAAUGACGACGAUCAACAUGAACGUGAGAGCAAAAAGCCGAAACGCACGACACGUAAUCGAUCAAUAGCAAGUUCAAACAAUAGUUCCUUAAACAUGCACGAAGAAGAUACUACGAAGAAACCUAGACGAAUGACACGAAGCCGUUCUUCGGCAAGCACAACGAAUGCAGUGCAAAUACCUGUUAAACAAACCAAAAAGACUUCGUCAAAUAAUAUUUAUGUCGAAUCAGCGACAGAUGUGAAAAGCAAACCUAAAACCGCGACCAUUCGUGGCCGCCCGAAGAAUCAAACUAAAGGAUUGGAAUCCAUACCUAUCCAACAUCAAUCACCUACACAUACAUAUGCAACUAUCGAGCGUGAAACUUCACUGGACAGAGCAUCAUUUGCUACAGUUGCUGUUAAUUCAACAACAAUGACACAAAAUGCACCGGCAACUGAACUAGGCAACCAUACACCUAAACAAUCAACAUUUAAACGUAUUCAAUCGCUAUUUCGGCCAAGUCCAACUUUGACAAGUUCCGCACGAAUCAAUCGAGUUCUACAAGCUAAAUCGACUGUCGUUGCAUUUGGAUCAUCAACUCCAACACAACGCAUACCUCCGACUAUUCUGAAAACCGCUGUUACAACACCGGCACCUACCGCACCGCCCACUCCGGGUGCAUCGAUGAUUAAGAAGAAUCCAUCGCCCAAAGGCAAAUAUAAUCUUCGUACACGCCUUUUUGCUCAUCCCACUUAUGAUGAUAAAGAUGAAGAUGAAAAAAAAUCUCGAACAAAGAAACCGUUACGAUCACGCAAAUGA